UCGGGGAGGUCAGCUUGGGAACAUGUUGGAUCCCCCAACAACUUCUUCUUUUUUUUCAAACUUUUUUGGGUGUAGUCCAAAUGUUUAAAAACCCCAAUAACUUUUUUUCAUUUUAUUUUAUUUUUAUUUGUUGGUAUUUUCUCGAAUUGAUGAUCCAAUCUGAUCUGGAUUAGGGAUCCUGAAAAAAAAAAAAGAAGACGACAAAUCCGGAGAUUUUGUAAUUACAAUCUACAUUUGACUCUAAUUUUGUAAUUGCCCUCUGUAUUUAAACAUGCAGGUUUUCUCCACAGGACGGCACCCAAAUGUCCUCUGAGCUCUGCUCUUCUUCUACAGCUCCCAAUUCUUGGCCUCCGGGGUGAUCUCACCUCCAUUUAACCGAAAUCUGGUCUCUUGGACGAAAAUUUGGAAGCUUUAGUACGAGAUCUGACGCAUUUGGCUGUGAAAUUGAAGUUGGACAGGGAGGAGCAAUGGAGAAUUUGAUAUCCCUGGUUAAUAAGUUGCAGAGGGCGUGCACUGCUCUGGGUGACCAUGGAGAAGAGAGUGCACUGCCUACUCUUUGGGACUCUUUGCCCGCCAUUGCUGUUGUUGGUGGUCAGAGCUCUGGAAAGUCCUCAGUUUUGGAGAGUAUUGUUGGAAAAGACUUUUUACCUCGUGGAUCUGGUAUCGUUACUAGACGACCUCUUGUAUUGCAACUUCAUAAGAUUGAUGAGGGUAGGGAAUAUGCAGAAUUUCUUCACCUUCCUAGAAAGAGAUUCACAGAUUUUGCCCUUGUGAGAAAGGAGAUUUCAGAUGAGACUGAUCGGGUGACAGGUCGUACUAAACAAGUGUCAACUGUACCGAUUCACCUUAGUAUCUAUUCUCCUAAUGUUGUCAACUUGACGCUGAUUGAUCUUCCGGGGCUUACAAAGGUGGCUGUUGAGGGUCAACCUGAUAGUGUCGUGGCUGACAUUGAGCAUAUGGUUCGUUCCUUUAUUGAGAAGCCAAACUGCAUCAUUCUUGCCAUAUCUCCUGCCAAUCAGGAUCUUGCUACUUCUGAUGCAAUCAGGAUAUCACGUGAAGUAGAUCCCAAAGGGGAGAGGACAUUUGGAGUAUUGACAAAGAUAGAUCUGAUGGACAAGGGUACUGAUGCAGUUGAUAUUUUGGAAGGAAAAGCAUAUCGUUUGCAGUUUCCGUGGGUUGGUGUGGUCAAUCGCUCUCAAGCUGACAUUAACAAGAGUGUCGACAUGAUUGCUGCACGCCGUAGAGAGCGGGAGUAUUUUGCAAAUAGUCCCGAGUACAAACAUCUAGCUCACAGGAUGGGUUCUGAACAUCUAGGAAAGAUUCUUUCAAAGCAUUUAGAGACUGUAAUCAAAUCCCGGAUACCGGGCCUCCAGUCUCUUAUCAGCAAAAGCAUAGCUGAACUGGAAGCAGAACUAAGUCGUCUUGGAAAGCCUGUUGCUGCAGAUGCAGGGGGAAAGCUAUAUAUGAUUAUGGAGAUUUGUCGCGUUUUCGAUCAAAUAUAUAAGGAACAUCUUGAUGGAGUUCGACCUGGCGGUGAUAAGAUCUACAAUGUUUUUGAUAAUCAACUUCCAGCUGCCCUAAAAAGAUUGCAGUUUGACAAACAUCUCUCCAUGGAGAAUGUAAGAAAACUUAUUACAGAAGCUGAUGGGUACCAGCCUCAUCUGAUAGCGCCUGAGCAAGGAUAUCGUCGGCUAAUUGAGUCUUCUUUGACAACCAUAAGAGGCCCUGCGGAGGCAGCCGUUGAUGCGGUUCAUGCUAUAUUAAAAGAGCUGGUUCACAAGGCGGUCAGUGAGACUAUGGAGCUCAAGCAGUAUCCUACACUUCGGGUUGAGGUUGGGAAUGCUGCUUUUGAUGCAUUGGAUAGACUAAGAGAAGAGAGUCGAAAAGCAACCCUGAAGCUAGUGGACAUGGAGUCUAGUUAUUUGACUGUUGAUUUCUUUCGCAAGCUACCACAGGAUAUUGAGAAGGGUGGGAACCCAACACACUCAGUUUUUGACAGAUAUAAUGAUUCCUACAUCCGAAAAAUAGGAACAACUGUUCUGUCAUAUGUGAAUAUGGUUUGUGCAAGCUUGAGAAAUUCCAUUCCAAAGUCUAUUGUUUAUUGUCAAGUACGGGAGGCAAAGCGCUCAUUGCUUGACCAUUUCUUCACCGAGCUAGGUAAAAAAGAGCAAAAGCAGCUAGGAUCCUUAUUAGAUGAGGAUCCAGCAGUCAUGGAGCGCCGAUCUGCGCUUUCAAAGCGGCUUGAGUUGUACAAGAAUGCCCAAGCAGAGAUUGACGGUGUUGCAUGGGCUAAGUGAGAGAGAGAGAGAGAGAGAGAGAGAGAGAGAGAGAGAGAGAAUUCUUUUAUUCAUGUGAGGGGGAGAGGAUUGUUGUAGCCUGUAUUGCCCCUCCCCCCUAAAUUUAGUCUUUGCCCGUUGAAGGUGGUUUCAGUUGAUGGCAGUCUUCUGGCACACGAUUCUUAAACUCUUUGCAUGUAUUUUUCUUUUUUGUGGAAUAUAAAUAUAUAUAAUGCGAUAAAACUUGAACCUUCAUUUAAAUGAAGGAGUUUUAUUAUAUCUAAGGGAGAAUCGUCAAAAUGUACUGGUAAUGAUCAACAUUUGUUUGCAUGUCA